AUGGCAGUUUCUAAGAACAGUAAUACCAGUUACUUCUUCUUCAUAUUGAUGGAUCUCCCUGGCCUGGAGGAUGCUCAUUGCUGGACGGCUAUUCCUAUCUGCUUCAUCUAUCUUGUGUCGGCGGUGGGCAACCUCACCGUGAUGCACGUUGUCAGGAGCGCGCCCCGCCUGCACACGCCCAUGUAUCUCUUCCUCUCCAUGCUGUCCCUGGCUGACCUGGGCCUCUCGGCCUCUACGCUGCCGUCAAUGGUCGCCGUGUUUCUCCUGGGCCGGAGGGUCGUCGGCGCAGCAACCUGCUUCGUGCAGCUCUUUUUCAUCCACACGUUCUCAGUCAUCGAAUCGGCUGUCCUGCUGGCCAUGGCCUUUGACCGCUGUGUGGCCAUCCGGGAGCCUUUGCGAUAUGCCACCAUUCUCACAACCAAACGCAUCGGGGUCAUCGGGCUGGCCAUAGUGACCCGAAGUGUCCUUCUCCAUCUGCCCUUGCCCGUGCUCCUCGGGAGACUGACGUUCCAGCCAGUCGGCUCUCUGUCGCACUCUUACUGCGUCCAUCCUGACGUCCUGAGGCUGUCCUGCGGGAGCACAAGGGUCAGCAGUGGCUUUGGGCUGUUUGUCCUGCUGUCCACGCUCGGGACGGACGCGCUGCUCAUUCUCUUCUCCUACGUGCUGAUCUUGAAGACGGUUCUGAGCAUCGCUUCCAACGCGGAGAGGCUUAAGGCCUUUAACACCUGCCUUUCCCACAUCUGCGCAGUGCUGCUAUUUUACACACCACUGGUUAGCUUGUCCAUGAUCCAUCGCUUUGGGAAAAAGAAGCUACCGGCUCAGGCGUACAUGCUUCUUUCUUACCUGCACUUUCUUAUGCCUCCGAUGCUCAACCCAGUUGUCUACAGCGUCAAAACUAAGGAGAUCCGGGUCCGCAUUUUAAAACUGCUCUAUCCCAAGAAGCACUGA